CUUCUCAUUUGCGAUUGUCUUAAGUUGUCACACAUCCUCCCAUUCUGGAGGACCAGUUCAUGAAAGCUGUUAGAUGAUCUACGCAGUUAUGAAGCACGUUAUUUUCGACGUCCCCGAGUCGGAGCUCGACGGCGGCAAAAUUGAGCGACUGGUCGCGAUCAUCGGCUGCCAAAUGUCAUACUUUGGCCAGCUGGAUAGUGUCAACGCGCUGAUCGGAAAGCAUCUCGAUGCCGACAAUCCGUACGGCCAGGUCUUCCAGAUCCAUCAGGAUGGGUUUGGGAAAGAUCACCCGAGAGCACCGAUUCGAAAAUGGUUUGACUUGGACGACGACUUCAAAGAUCUAGUGGAGGGAAGGACGAAUUUAAAUCCGAACUUCCGAAGGGGAUAAUCACUGCACGGGCCCCUUCCAGGACUUUGAGGUGAUUUCUAAGGCGAUUCGAUGGACACGUUAAGACGUGUAUCUAUCCGCUUGAUGGUUUUCGGGAGAUGGUAUGGUAAGAUUGUUCGAAAGUUAAUCCAUUGCGAUUUUGCUCGGGAGCGAUCUUGGGGGGACCGGAGCUGCAGAGGAAAAUUUACAGCGACGUCGUUUGUCCGCUGGAAGAAGUUAUUGACAAGCUAGAAGCGUUUUAAAUGAAUACAAG